CGCCCGGGCGGUGGCUGCGCCCAUGUCUGAACACCACCUGCCGCCUCCUCCUCCACCGCUCUACAAGCAGCGGUCGUGGUCCCCCGACGCAUACCGCGACGAGGCAUGGCACCGCCGCAAGAAAAUCAACGGCAGAUCGAACCUCCAGCGGAGCAAAAGUGUCACUGACGAAGACCUCGACGACUUGAAAGCCUGCAUCGAGCUAGGGUUCGGGUUUGACUCGCCCGAGUCGGAUAAGCGACUCGCUGACACUUUUCCCGCGUUGGGACUUUACUACGCGGUUAACAAGAAUUACUGUGACUCGGUUUCUAAUAAGUCUACGGCGACUCCAACGACGUCGUUUUCCCCGACGCCGUCCGAGUGCGACUCGGUGACCUCCCCCAUCGGCAGCCCCCAUACCAUUAUCGGACCAGGAGAUACGCCGCAGACGGUGAAGACGCGGCUGAGGCAGUGGGCCCAGGUGGUUGCUUGCACGGUGAGACAGGGUUCGUGAGAUCAAUGUAACAAACCAGAGUUAAAAUUGUAACCAAAACAUCAACGUCAAACUUUGUCAAUGAUUGUUGUUUAUGAUUCCAAUUUCCCCCCA